UGGUGGGGGGGGGUGUCGAUUGUUCGCGGCUCAGCGGUCGAUAAAAAGCGCAGUCAAGCGAGGAAGGGGCGAGCGCUCAGCAGGCGGAGUAGCCGCCGCUGUCACACCUGCGCCGACACUCGAGUCGCUCAGCAGCCAAACGACCCCGAACGUCUCCCCUACUACGCCCACCCCAUGCCGAGUCCGUGCGUAAAAGGAGGCGCAUAGGACGCGAGCCGGCCGCGCGACCCUCCGCCUUCUCCUGCUCUUUCCAGAUGGCUUGAUUGACCGAGCGAACCGGAUGCUUGCCAACUCGGCUCGGAUCCGAACCGGGCGACAUGAUCGAAUCCAACGUGAGCAUUACCUGCGCGCACUGCCCGACGGUGGGAGGCGCCGCCGCCGUCGCCAACACUGCCAAGUACGAGGAGGUGUCCGGAUCCCCGCCGCCUCCGACGCUGAGCCCGACGGGUCACCUGCUGGUGGCGGCGUGCCUGGGCUUGAUCGGCACGCUGGGCUUUCUGUGCAACUUGGUGGUGCUGGCCAUGUUCUUGCGCUACCGGGCCCUGCGCACGCCCAUGAACUUGAUGCUGGUAAGCAUCUCGCUCAGCGACUUGCUUGUCAGCGUGCUGGGGACGCCCUUCAGCUUCGCGGCCAGCAUCCACGGACGAUGGCUGAUCGGACGGGCGGGCUGCGUGUGGUACGGCUUCGUUAACGCCUGCUUGGGCAUCGUGUCGCUCAUCUCUCUGGCCGUGCUGUCGUACGAGCGCUACUGCACCAUAAUGGUACCCAACAUGGCAGACGGCCGCAACUUCCGUCCGGCGCUGGGCGGCAUCUGCUUCUCCUGGUUCUACUCCAUAGCUUGGACGGUGCCCCCCUUGCUGGGCUGGAGUCGUUACGGCCCCGAGGGUCCCGGCACCUCGUGCUCGGUGGACUGGCGCUCGCAAACGGCCAAUAACGUCUCGUACGUGGUGUGCCUGUUUGCCUUCUGCCUGGUGCUGCCCUUCGGCGUCAUCGUGUUCUCCUACGGAAAGCUGCUGCACGCCAUGAGACAGGUGCGCAGCGCUAGUUCAGUGGUGACGCGGCGGCGAGAGCAGCGGGUGCUGCUCAUGGUGGUGACCAUGGUGGUCUGCUACCUGGUUUGCUGGCUGCCCUACGGCGUGGUGGCCCUGAUGGCCACCUUCGGCUCCGAAGAGCCCCUCAGCCCGGAGGCCAGUAUUAUGCCCUCGCUGCUGGCCAAGUCGUCCACCGUGGUCAACCCCUUCAUCUACAUCUUCAUGAACAAGCAGUUCUACCGCUGUUUCAGAGCCUUCUUCCGAUGCUCUGCGGUAGAACGAGGCUCCACCCUCAAGACCUUCUCCAGGGUGACUAAGAUGCUGCGCAGCGUCCAGCCGGAGCUCGGCGAUCACCACGUGUCCGCCACCGCCGCUGCGUCCUCCGCUCACGUCACGCCGCGGUCCGUACACCGGUCCUCCGAGCUGGACAGUCGACCACCCGGCCUGACAAACGGUCCGAAGCCGAAAUUGACUCUGGUGGCUCAUUACAGAGAGUGACUACACGUCUUGACUGGAGAUGGUUUUAGACUGUGUGACUCGAUUUGGUCUUCUCCAAAUGUUUCCGCGUCCAAUUAUAAAUCCCAUCAUAUCUCAAACAUUCUUUUUUUUUGGUGGAUGUUCGAUGAGUAGCCAGAAAAACUGGACUUGAACCCAGUGUGACUUGAACACAAACUGCCAUUGGCAAUUCGUAACCACACAAGAGUACAAGUGUUUCCCAGAAGAUCUUCUCCGAUGAACAUUCCGAUAAAGGAUACGACUCGGAUGUAAUAAAACUUUUGUUGGUUGGUGUACACUUUGUGGAAAUAUGAUUGAAAUCUUCACGGGUGGUACGCUAAAAGGUGGCAAUGAUGAAUCGUACAUUGUUACUCACGACAAAAGCCUCCCGUUUGCCAAGUUAAGUAGCAGAGACGCGGAUGAGAGCCAAAAGGAAGCCGUAAUCCUUCUAUUGUUAGCAUCAUGCGUGAAAGCACCUUGAAGACACAUGUUGCCAAGUUGCUCAGUUAGUAAAAAGCUAAACUUGUGCAGACAUGUCAGAUGUUUUCGAACAAGUGUGAAAGAAAGCUACAAUCCUUCUCAUUUUCAUAUUAGCAAUGUACAGUCACAACGCUAAAACCUCUCCUUGUGCCUUUUUUUUUGCAGUUACAUGGGCCUGAUAAUUUUUUUAACGUUUGCUAAUGACCCUUCAUUUACAAAAAGAAAGCCACUUUCCUUCAACUAGCACACCUGUUAGCACAGACGGAAGCCAAUGAAGCCACAACGCUCGAUUAGCAUGUUAGCUAAUAUGACAACGCCCCCCCCGACUGACAAACAAGCAAGCCCGUUUGUUUCCAAAAACCUUGUAGACAAGAAGGGCAGAAAAAAGUGAGCUAAAUGAGU